AUGGACUGGUCCCCGAGCAAGUCCCCGCGGGCAACCGAGGAGUUUCCUCGACUUUGUAGCGGAGACUACGACGCUGAGGAACACCCCUGCGACACUUGUGAUGAUGAUAACGUUGAAUGCUACCCUGGAAAUGAGCGGAUGGGAGAUCUGCUUCACCGCUUGAUCAAGCACAUCAAGGCCAAUGCUCAUCUCAGUAAGACGGCGUACGAAUCUGACGCCAAGACUAUUCGCCUUCGUAAGAAGGCCAACCGAGCUCUCGCAUCGGACUUCGAUGCACACGACCUGGCGUAUCCGGAGGACCGUCGCGCUGAGCAACAGGACGCCAUUGCCAUCAACACGCUCGCCUGUUUGAUCGACAUCAGCAACAGUCAGCGCAUUCAAGCACAGUGUGCUCUCGUCAGUAUUGGCCUCAACUCUCGCUUCAGCUCCCAGAUGCCCGCCCGUUGUGGUCCCGAGAAGAUGCCUGCGGAGUGUCUUGGAGAACUGAGUUCUGAUUCUGAGGAAGAUGGGGAGAACUAA